GUGUAUUUAUUUUCGAACGAAACAGGAAUUUAGAGAUCAUCUCGACAAGAAUGAUGAUUCCCAAUCAAUGUUUAGUGUGUUCUUAGCGCGACUGCUCUCGUCUGUAUGGCGAUGACAAUACUGAGCACGCGCAGUGUCCCCAAACAUCACUCGACAGCGUUUUGAGAGGCGAAGGGAAAAACAGUACGUAGUGGUGGGAAGAAUCGCAGAAGUAUGAUGGCGCUUUCCUUUGUCGCCGUCUUCAAUUGCUUUAAAAUUGGACUUGGCCUGAGUGGAAACCGUUGAACCCAAGCGGCCUAUCUGCGAUUUUCACGAAUUCACCAGAGGCAUCUAAACAAACACACACUUCCGUUGUGAUCUGUCCCUGUGACGAUGGAGGAGUCAGUGACCACAUUUGAGACACAUUUGACCGCCGUCAUGGACGGCCUCAUCCGGGCGUCAGUAUGCGAGAUCACCAAACUGUUCCAGGAGACGGUGUCCGACUACCUGGUGGAGCUUUCCCUCAACCGCAAGGAGAACGACGCUCUCAAACUGCGCCUGAGGCUCACCGAGAACAAGCUGAGGACGGAGCGUAUGUACGGCGCCGGCUGGGCCGCCAGCCGCCGCAACGCGGGAUCCAUGGCCGAGGAGGGAUUACGGCACAAACGGAAAGUUGAGAAGGAACCAGGCAAGUCAAAGAAGGGCCCUGCAGCAGCCUAUCGCAGAGGCUGGCCUGGAGGCAUGUGGGAGGAAGGCAGAGGAGGAGGCGGUGAAGGAGGAGCAGUCCCAGCAGCAGCGGUGAUGGCAGCACAAGAAGGAGGGAAAGAUUCCAGGCAGAGGUACCUCGUCCAGCUCCCCAGGGGUGACGAGGAUGAGGAAGGCAUGGCGCAGGAUGAGGAACGGGAGGGCAGCCUCAGCGGUGAGGGGGAGGAGAUGACUAGCAUCAAAGAGGAGUUUCCUCAAAACGAGAGACAUCAACCGGCUUCUCUCAGGCUGAUCAAGGAAGCUCUGAAGAUGGAGCGGCCAAACCACGACUUCCAUGAUAGUUCCAGAGUCCAAAGUGAAGGAGUCCUGGCAAAUAGUCCUUUGAGCCUCACCUCCGCCAAGAAAGAGGAAAAUGACUGGGAUGUAGGCACAGUGGCGCAAUCAGAGGGCGGUAUGACAGUGGACGAGCUGAGGGGCUUGGAGUCUGCAUUGAGGGCCGAGAGAGGCCGCGAGCAGGCCGCUCUGACGGCUUCCCAUCCCGCGGGCCCCGCAGCGGAGGUGGUGUCAGGUGGCAAGCUCGGCUUGCCUCCCAAGUACAUCGGAUUGGAUGGCAUGGAGCAGGACGGAGAUGGGGAGCCACAGCCACCCACACUGCAGCCACAGUACCAGUUAGGCAGAGGCCGGGUGAAGGGCCACGCGAAGGACCGUGGGGGGUUCGGCUCAGGCAGGUUUAAGAAGACAAGAGAGAGCGACUCUGCUCUGAGUGGAGAGGAUGGAGCAGAGCAGGGAGAGUCUGAGCACCUGCAGCCGUCGGCCGCGGGAAGCGCCGGCGAGAGCGCAGGGGAGGAGGAAGCCGCUCCCGACCUGCUCCACUUCUGCCCUCAGUGUGGAGGCGGCUUCACGACAGAACCUGAGCUGGAGGAGCACCCCUGCCCGCUAGGUGGCGCCCAUUUACAGAACAGUGGCGGCGAGGAAAACAUUUUCCCAUGUGCCCAUUGUGGAAAUACAUUCAGCCACGCUUGGGCACUCAAGAACCACGAGUGUGCCUGCGCCGCCGAGAGGCCACAUUGUUGCGAGAUUUGCGGCAAGCGCUUCACACACUCGCGUUCGCUAGAGCGCCAUCAUUUGGUGCACACGGGCGAGAGGCCGCACCAGUGUCCGUUGUGCGGGCGCAGUUUCAGCCGCCUGGGGAACCUGGAGCGCCACCAGCGCAUCCACACGGGUGAACGUCCUUACGGGUGCGAGGCGUGCGGGAAGCGCUUCAGUCGAGUGGAGUACCUAAAGAGACACCAGCUGAUUCACAACGGGAAUUCCAGGGGCCUGAGUUGGAGCCCGCCCGCUGAGGGACAACAUUGGUCAGGGUGAAUGUGGCCACACGGUCUUCUCUGGUCUUCUGGUGCAUGCUGGGAUUGAGAUGGCCCCUGGUGUAGUUAGAAUUUGUGUAAUCCUGAAGCACUGCUUGACUUUCUAACACGUUCUGAUCCACUGGAGUCUUGAACGGUUUCAUUUCAGGGCUGGCGCGGGAGAAGGCCAACUGAAAAACCGAUAAUAGUGCACUUUAUUUUAGUUGUAUGGGGGAAAAGAACUGAAAAAUAAUCUGCUAUCAAACACUCAAUCAGGACAAAAACUCACAGAUUCUAUUACAUACUCUACGUUUGGUACAAAAGUAGCCUUUAUUGUCAGUGCAUGGUGCAUACUAAAUUGUUAGGACUUCUAGAAUAAAAUCUAGACUAGAAAAAUCUAUAUAACGACAGUAUAACCCCCCCCCCCCCCCCGCCUAAAAAAAGAGAUCUAAGUUAUGCAAUCUAAUAAUAAUAAUGUUUCGUAAAACCCUGCUGCAAAGAGAGAAAUUCUACAUGUAAUUGAUGCACCAUUAAAAGGUUUCUAAUUGCCUAUAGAUGCCUUAAAAUGGUGUCAAAGCACUACUUUAUUCUAAAUGAAGUGCCUAAACUCAUACUCACACUUCCUGGGCACCAAGAUGCCACAAGAAUGCGGCAAGCUACUUCUUUCCUCUAAAUUAAGCGCAUCAAUUCACUUCAACAUAAUUUCUUCUCAGAUAUAUGCCUCAAGAUAGUGGCAUGGCAUUAUUUCUGUCAAAAGGAAACUCCUUAUCUAACUUGAACAUAGUUUCUCGGCACAAAUAUGCACCAAGAUGGCAGCAAAGUACAGUACUACGUUUGUCUAAAUGAAGGCCAUCAAAUCACCUUGCCAUAAUUCCUUGGUCCCAACAGACCCCGAUAUGGUGGCAAAUGACUACUUUUGUCCACGUGAAGGUUCUCAGUUCACUUCAUCCAAGUUAUUGGCACCAAGAUGCUACAGGUUGGCACCAAAAUAACACUUCUAUUGCACUGAAAUGAGCACAAAUUCUUUCAGCGAAUAAGGGAGGGUGGGCUGCAAAACAUUCUGUCAAUAGCCGAACUGGCAAACGCCGAAACGUGAAUCCGUGGGGGCUCACUGUACAAUGAUGAGAUCCAACACAGGCGCUAUAUGGGAAAUUAAGCUGUGCUCGCUUUAAACUGAAGCUGUCAGAGAAGUAUCGCGAGUAUCUUCCUACUGUAGCUGUAAAACUGUGAUGUAUUUCUACUAGUACACAAACAAAGGCACUUGUCAGGCAUUUGUUGUAUUCAUGACUAGAAUAUGCCUUUAUUCUAAACACAUUGUGUAGCAUUCAACGGACAGUGUUUGGUAUUAUUUUUCUUACCUGUGGCUCAUACAUCCAGGUGGAAUUGGGACGUUUACCAUCUGCAGAGCUGAUGAUAUACGCCGAGUACAAAGGCGUGCGAUGCUGACGGUGGUACAUGCUGGCAAAGCGGUACUGGUUUUCAAAGCGCUGGCAUAUGGGCUGGUAUCCCGUUGCAUUCACACCCUUUGGUGGUGUUCCCUUAUAGAAGAAAUUGUGGCAUUUGGAGAAGUCCUUGUUCAGCUCUCCGAGGACCAGACAGUCGAAACAGGUAA